GGUGGCGUCAACUGGCCGCGGGGGUGUGGACACAGCCGCCAUUUCUGAGCGGCUGUAUUGGUCUCGUGCCAACUUGGCAGCUCUGAGUUGGGGGACGCGGCGGCCAUGUUGGUAUCGCCAUGUUGGAGCUAGGCCAAGAUGGCGUCUCUGGGAGAUGUCACCAUCUUGGUAUCACCAUCUUGGGGUUACGCCAAGUUAGUUUCUCUGGGAUGUGUCGUCGGCCAUUAGGGGUCUCCUGCCAACUCAGCGUCUCUUUGGGGAUGUGGGCGGCCAUGUUGGUGUCGCCAUAUUGGAGCUAGGCCAGGUUGGCGUCACUGAGAUCUGGCGGCCAUGUUGGUGUUGCUCUGUUGGGCUCAUGCCCACUCAAUAGCUUCGGGUUCAGGAUUUUGGUGUCGCCAGGCGGAAAUCUCUGGAACAUGGCAGCCAUAUUGGUGGCACCAAUUUUUCUAGCUCCAAAGAGGGUUCACGGUGGACAUUUUGCCGUGCUGACGUGCGACUGUCUCUGGGGUGGGGCAGCUGUUUAUACAGGGAUUCCCUCCCACGGCGCUGAGAUGCAGCCACCUCUGGGGUGGAUCACACCAGUCCCCUUUCCCUCUCUCUCACGCCCCCUUCCCACUCCUCUGCUGCUGCUGCUGUGCGUCCCUGAUAAGCCGGCCACCAACCCCCCAAGUCACUCCGGAGACAGCUACGUCCGGCUCUAUUUCGGUCGCUUCCUCCUUGGGUCUUGGAGAUAGAGCCCCAGGUGGUGCCCCACAGAAGGACCCUGGUGUUCGGGGCAUCAUGACCCCCGUCUGGAUCUUACUCCUUCUCCAGCUGCGACUCACCAGAGAGGAAGAUGUCUACAUCCAGAAGGGGCAGGACCGGCUGUUCCCUUGCGUCCUGGGCGAGCCUCCCUCGGGCAGGGAAGAGGUGACGUGGUCCUACAAUACCCGUGUUCCUCAGUCCUCAUCGGUGCUGUUAUUCCGGGUCGCGGCGGGUCAGGCCCUGAAGAAGGAGGCAGUGGCCAGGGAGCGGCUCUCCGUGUUCCCCAACCACUCCCUGUACCUGCAGGGGGCCGAGGACGGGGACACGGGGACCUACUGGUGUUCGGUGCAGGGAGUCACCCGCCGCACCUACGACCUGAAUGUUGUCACAGGGACCCAGACGGUGCUGACGACCAGCCAGACCAACAUGACCUGCCACCAGUUCUCCUGCGCGAUCUGGGACCGGCAGGCGCUGACGGAGCCGGAGGUGACAUGGUGGGUCGGUGGGCAGCGGGUGCAGAGCACCGGCGGGCAGCGGGCGCAGGACACCGGCGGGCAGGGCUGGCAGCUCGUCUUGUCGAGCUCGCGGGCGGCGCUGCUCCAGGCCUGCUGGAACAGGAGCGACCCGGGGGCCAGGAAGAAGAAAAGACGGGUCAAGUGUGAGCUGAACAGCUUGCAGGUCUCCUUCGACCUCCCUGGAGCAGUGAAGGACCCGCCCGCCCCCAACGUGGGGGGACCCGCCUGUAGCUCCGCCUGGAUCCCGCUGGCCGUGUGCGCGGCGCUGGAGUUCCUGCUCCUCCUCGCCUUGGGGGCGGCGCUGUGGCGGCGAGAGCGGCCGGCCCAGAGGUCACACCUGGGCGACCCUCCCGCGCACACCCAGCCAGAUCCUCCCGGACCCAAAUCCCUGGCGCAGCUUUAUGAGAAUGUGGGGCUGGGAUACGCAGCAGGGGGCGCCGAUCCUGCCCAGCUGUGAUAGCCCCGUGGGCCCCUGUGGAGCGACCGCCGCCCCUCGAGGCCUGUGCCGGGGUCUGGGCGGGGCCAAGCCGCGUGUCAACACCCAGCGCCCCCCGCAGGGCGGGGUCGGAGGCUCCCCACGCCACCAGGGGCUUUCCAAGGGGAAGAGGAA